AUGUAUUCUCCGCUGGUUUCCGCUCUCGCGCUUGCUGUGUCCUUCCCUUUUCUGGUAUCAGCCAGCCCUAUAGACGUUUCAGAUCUUCCGGCACAAAACGCAACGGAGUUUGCCCUAGUGAGGGCGAACAAGUACGGCUACCCACUUGUUCCAUUCAGCAAACUCGCGUUGCCGAUCCUGAGCGACAGCUCUUCCAACACGUUUCAACACACAAAGAACCUUCCAACUCCUGAUUCCACAUCUGUUGAUUUUCCUAAUUUGAAUAUCCUUUCGUCAACGGCAAUCAUUGAUCUGGCUGCUGCCAAUGUCAUCGUGAACAUUCCUUCCAUUCCGGAUCGGUUCUGGGUUUUCGCAUUUUACGACAUCUACGGAAGCAAUUUUGCUAAUGUCGGUGUUGUUGGGGGCUAUGCCGAAGGAAAAUACCGUAUAUCCUAUCGGCCCGGCAAGCCAGGUAUUGAACGAGGCGAUGGGGACUAUCAGGGGUAUGUGUAUUCUCCAACUCCAUACGGAGUAUUAGUGGCCCAGCUGCAGGUCAAGAAUGCCCCGGAUGUGGAUGAGGUAAAUCUGCUACAGGAAAAUAUGGAAUUAUCCGAAGUGCCAAUUCGAACCCAACUUGCCCCUCGUCUGACGAAAUAUUUACUGGAUGGUGGAUCUUCCGGAAACCCCACGGAGGAGCUGUUACAAUUGACUGCCAGGCUCUCGUUCUUCAACCUACCCAGUGUUGCGUCCGAGAUCCCAAGAGUCACUGCAAUUUUACAAUUGGCCGGCUGUUCCCAAGGCUCGUAUGCAACGCCCUGGGGUGUUGAUCUCAACCGGGCGGCCAAAGUUGCCAACAGCAGUGUGUUGGGAGUCCCUCAGUCCCCGGAAUAUUUCCAGGAUUUACAGAACGGUUGGCAGGGACCACAGUCAGAAUGGCAAGGCAAAUAUAAGACAUUUUAUCUUGCUAGGGCCUGGUCCGCUCAUGUCAACUAUUUGGCAUUGGACGCAAACCAGGCAUUAUACCCCUCAUACUCUGAUGGGAAUAACAAGCUCAGUCUUGAACCCAAUCAAGCAUAUAAGCUGACAUUCGAGAGUCUGCCUCCGCUAGCAACAUCCGGGUUUUGGAGCUUGACCGCUUAUGGCGCUAAUAAGGGGCUUGUGGAGAAUUCUUUGAACCAAUACUACGUUGGAAGUUCCACUGGUCUUACCUCUUCGGAUGGGAAAUAUGAGAUCUUCCUUCAAUCUGAACAGCCGGCCAUCGGGGCAUCUAACUGGUUGCCGACACCUUCUGGUGGGGGUGAGGUUUCGUUCGCUCUCCGAAUCUAUGGACCUGGAGACGGACUAAAAGAUGGGUCGUGGUCAUACCCUGUGGUUGAAAAGGUGGAUGCUACGACUGGAUUGUCUCUGCCAUCUACCAUCGCUGGUGGCCAACAGGUUUUGGAUCACGCUCGUUUUUUAGAACUCUAG